GCGUCGCGUCCGUGAGGUUGUGCCCCGGCCGCGGAAGAGCAGGUACGCGGGAUAUUAGCUUAGUGUCUUUGACAAAGUAGGGGAUUUCAGUCAGGACUGACAAGGGACAGGGCUGCAGACUAGAGGUGCCCUUGAAUGUCGGGCAAAAGUUGCCAGGACGAGCUUUGGAAAGCCGCUAGUUUCACACAGGUCCCGAGUGCUCAGCAGACCCCGUGGUGUUCCUGGCUGUAUGACGAGUGUCACCCCAAACCCAUCAUCCGGGCCUGGGGACGGGUGGGGAGCACGUGGAACGCAUCCAUACAUCCGUGGCCAUAGCUCGGUAGCAGAAGGUCCUGUGUUGUUGAGUGCAGGGAACAGAAACACGUUUGUGUCACCGUGAGGUGUAAAAGCUCAGAUUAUUUGUCACUUCCAUCGCCUGUAGAGGUUUGGCAUUAUGCAGAAUGAAUUAUAUGGAGGCACUUUCCUUAGCCGUAGGUUUGCAUGUGGCACAUAUCCUUUAUGUCUUCUUCGCGCAGUUUUUCUCUGAGUUACCAUCAAUCACACAAAGUUUACGACCACUGCAGCUCAUUUUGCAUUUAUUUUAUCUGCUUUUUGUCCAGAGCUUACCUUUAGCAGCAAUAUCACAUACUUUGAAAUGUUUAUUAAUACUCAAGGGUAGACAGAUUAUCAACGUUUCAGGAGCUGAGCUGUGAUAAAAAAGUACAAUGUAUAUACUUUUUACUAACAGCUCUGUAUUAAAUUAUUCUGUAAAGUAUCCUGCGUUUGCUGAAUGGCACUGUCGGUAUAUACAGUUAACUUCCCUGCCAGUUGAACUCUGAGGCCUCUCAGUUUAUAUAACUUAUCUCUUUUAUCAUUGCUUGAUAAAUUGAGAUAUUCAUAAGAAUGAACACAUUUUCAAAUUGAGAAGUUUCAUUUGAUUCAGAGCAGAAUUGUAAAUACUACAAUUUGUAGUCUCUAAAUAGUGAUUUAUUCUGACUCAAGGUGCAGCCUGACUGCUAAAUUAAGUAAUUUAAGAAUUGUGAUUUAAUGACAUCAUGUAGCCUGGAAAAAAAUAAUAUCUUGAAAAACUUGGGCUGAAUUCAUAGUAGGAAUCUUGAGAACCUUUCAGUAUUGUCUCUAGAUAGAGGCCAUGUGAGUUAUUUUCUUCAUGAUCAGUGAAAUAACAAGGACCAAACUGGCUUGAGAGAAGGAAAAUGUUUCCAGUUUUCUACUUUGAGCAGCUUGAUUUCUUUUUCUCAUUCAAAAGAUCUGUUUCCUCAAGCAGUGCCGAGCACGGCAACAUGAUGGAGGGCCCUGAACUGGUUUAGUUUAAAGGCCUGAACUGGUGAGAUGCCGAAUGCCUCCUGUUACUGAGCCCUGUAGUUGAUGGGAAUUGCGGAUGUUUGGCAUUCAUAGGAAUUACUGAAUACCUUGCUCUAUUGGGCCCUGGGCAUCACCAGGUUCAUAAAACAAGGGUUGCUUUUUUCUUUAAGGCUAAAGAGCAAGCAGCAUAAUUUUGAAGUAAAUCAGGCACUAAUUUUUGCUGCUGCUUCUUCUUAUGGAGAAAUCCUAAUAAAGUAGUUUUUGCUGCACAAACAGUUGCUCAUCCUUUCUGCCUUGUUUCAAAUUCCUUGGUAGACAUCUCGGCUAAGGGAGCUGGAUAACCUUUUCUCCCAAGAAAACUUGUGUUAGAACUGUACAAAAAGGUAGUACUUUCUCCCAAGAAAACUUGUGUCAGAGCUGUACAAAAAGGUAGCACUUUCUCGUUAGUGGCUGAUGUGAUUUUAGCACUGAACAGAUCUGUGGUGAACAGAUGUCAUCUGUUCUUCGAAUUUUAGCUGUGGUUUUGUGCAUGAAAUGCUGUUGACUGGAAUAAUUUUCAUCCUGUGCUUGCUGGCUGAUUCUGGCAAAGCCAUACCCUGUGUAGUGCGUUAGAGUGAAAGAUCUAAAUAUUUCUAUUAGCAGAAGCAUGUUAAAUUUUUGCGUGGUAUUGGCAUAAUGGGCUGACAUGAAGCAGGCAGACACUGGACCAACAAAAAUAGUCAGCUUGUGAAAAGAUGGGAACAAUUUCAGCUCUAUAAACUGAUACCUCCUUGAAUUCAUCCAGGCAUAUCCAUCAAGUUUAGCACUUUUCUGCUGGGUAUGUAAUGGCUGUUUAGGUUAGGCUAGGGUUCUUCAAAGAGGCUGACGAGGGCGAGUUUGAAUUUACAUCUCCUUUGGAUCCUGUAGGUAUACGAAUUAAUCUAGGAGAAAAUGAUCAGCGUCUUUCUAGACCAAGAUGAGAUAACAAAAGUAGUUAAAAAAAUUGAUUUAUUCAUAAUGAAUGUGGUUAAAUACCUGACAUCAUACUCAUUUUGACGGACCAUUCUAGCCAAAGGUUUGGUAACAUAACUCUUGGAGACCUAGAAAUUAAUCUGUUUCCAUUUCGAAUGUCAAUGCAUAUCAAAUGGAUAUGAAAUAAACCCAUGUCUGUAGCUGCUGUGCUGUUAAGAGGUUAUUCAUAGCUACAUUGUAAUCAUAUCUCCUUAAACAAAAGAUUUGAAAGUAAAUUUGUAAAUAAAAUACUAGUGCUGUGUUUAUGGAUGGACAUAGAAAGCGCUGAGGCCCUUGGUAUGAUUUUUAAUUCCAUCGGCAUGGAAAACGUUUGGUUUCUGAGGAAGCCACAUUGCGCAAAUUGAGGCUUGAGCCGUGGCCGGCGAAUUUAACAUCAACUACACUGGGCACGCGAAGAGUAUCAAAAGUGAUGCAUAAACCAAAUUUAACCUUCACAAAUUUAAAACUUUCUAAUUUGGAAAGAAAUGGUGCUUCUGAAGAUUUCUACAUAGAUCUUGACAACCGAAGCUAUCUUGCCAGCUCUGUUUUUCUGGAGAGCUGUACUGAGGCUUCAGAUAUAUGAAAUAUAGUUUUGAGACAAUGUGCAGCCAAAGUACUGGUAACUGUGUAAAGGACACAUGCUUCCUAAUUAUUUCUCCUCCUCCCCAAGAGUUCCUGAUUUAUUCAGUUCUAAUCUAAUCAGUCUUGAAUUCUGCCUGUCGUGGCAGGGAUUUUGCAUCCCGCUCUACGUGCCAUUUCACUUCCCUUGAGGUGCAAAUUGGUUUUGGUCCUCUGAGACUGAAAUAUUAACUGGCCAUUCAAUACCCAUUCUGUUUUGUCAGGCUAAAGUAGAACUAUUUCUCAUAUUUAAGCCGAAAGGCAUGUAAGCCUUAAAGCUGGCAGCCUGUAGGCUCAGGAUAACACCAGGGCAAAUGGGAGAUGUUGCUUAAUACCCAGGUUAAGUGUACGAUAACUCCGAUGCUUUCAGCUUCCAUCAAGGGAAGGAGGGGACAUCGCUCCGGAGCACCUCCUGCCACAUGUUUGCGGUGGCAGAAAUGGGCUGUGAAGCAGCGGCUGGUGCGGGGGCUUGGGGAGGGAAAUGGACACUGGGGAGGAAGGAUGCAUGGCAAUGACCUUCCAACCUGGUGCAGGACAGCCUAUUUCCUGAGCUGCUGACUCAAGGGUACAGCAAGCCCUCCCCACGUGUGUCCUUGGUUGGGAUUGGGCAAGAGAGAGGGAAACAGUGGUCAGGCACCUCGAAUUUUCUGGGAAACGUGCAAAACUUGUAACCUGACGUGAGGUUUUUGGUGUGAGUCUGGGAACUUAUUGCUGGCUCUCAAUCAAGCAUAGCUUGACUACAGAAAAGGAAAGAAAAGCGUGAAGGUUUUUGGUGUUGGUGGGUUUUGUUUGUGGGUUGUUUUCUUUUCCUAUUAGCAAGUACUAUCUUUAUGGUGGAUGCCUUCAGUGAAAUAAACAGGAGCUCUUUCAGUUAUCUUUCAAUUAGUUUAGAUCACUUUCAAAUGAGCACCACUGGACUGAAAGGUCAAACUUGGCCCUGGCUUAUUCUGUGCUAGUGUCACCUUCAUAAAAGCCCUGGUGGUGGUCACCCCUUUCCACCCCCUGAGGACUUGGCUGGUUCUUUACAAAAAUAAUCCUUCUGAUGUUCUUGAGAUUUUUUUUUUUUUGGUGAAGGUAUAAUUGUAAGAGCCUGAUUCUGCCCCCUGAAAAACUCCAUUUGCAUCAGUUGGGAGAAAGCAGGAGACAGUCUUUUUACAUGCUGCCAAGCAGGGCCUGACCCUACCCCUCACACUUAACAGGCUUUUGGUAUCUGUUGACUCCAGGGGAGUUGCUUGCAGGGUGGGAUGCUCCCUGGUAUGCAGAUGGCAGAAUUGGGCCCCUGCAACAGAAAUCCUUGUUAUUUUAUUCUUAUCAUGAGGUAGCCAAACUUAACUCUCUUAAUGUACUUUUUGAUAAGAAAAGAUCUCUGAAGACAGUGACCUGAUAACAGAGGUCCCAGGAUUCUUGAGCUGAGCCCAGCUGACAAGCUUUUGAAGAUGGCACAAUAACAGUCCAGUGAUGCCUGACCAUGACAGCACAGCCCUCUUAAGCAGGCAAACCAAGAGAAGAAGAGUUGACAUUGGAGUGAAAAGGACGGUAGGGACAGCAUCUGCAUUUUUUGCAAAGGCAAGAGCAACGUUUUUUAGUGCCAUGAAUCCCCAAGGUUCAGAGCAAGAUGUUGAGUAUUCAGUGGUGCAGCAUGCAGAUGGGGAAAAGUCAAAUGUACUCCGCAAGCUGCUGAAGAGGGCGAACUCGUAUGAAGAUGCCAUGAUGCCUUUUCCAGGAGCAACCAUAAUUUCCCAGCUGUUGAAAAAUAACAUGAACAAAAAUGGUGGCACGGAGCCCAGUUUCCAAGCCAGCGGUCUCUCUAGUACAGGCUCAGAAGUACAUCAGGAGGAUGUAUGCAGCAACUCUUCAAGAGACAGCCCCCAAGAGUGUCUUUCCCCUUUUGGCAGGCCAACUAUGAGCCAGUUUGAUGUGGAUCGGUUAUGCGACGAGCACCUGAGAGCUAAACGCGCCCGGGUUGAGAAUAUAAUUCGAGGUAUGAGCCAUUCCCCCAGCGUGGCAUUAAGGGGCAAUGAGAAUGAAAGAGAAAUAGCUCCGCAGUCCGUCAGUCCCCGAGAAAGUUACAGAGAAAACAAACGCAAGCAAAAGCUGCCACAACAGCAGCAGCAGAGUUUCCAGCAGCUGGUUUCAGCGAGGAAAGAGCAGAAGCGAGAGGAGCGCAGACAGCUGAAGCAGCAGCUGGAGGACAUGCAGAAGCAGCUGCGCCAGCUGCAGGAGAAGUUCUACCAGAUCUACGACAGCACCGACUCUGAAAAUGAUGAAGAUGGCAACCUGUCUGAAGACAGCAUGCGCUCUGAAACCAUGGACGCGAGAGCCGGCGACUCCGUCGGCAGGUCAGACAAUGAGAUGUGCGAGCUGGACCCAGGGCAGUUCAUCGACCGGGCACGGGCCCUCAUCCGGGAGCAGGAGGUAGCGGAAAACAAGCCAAAAAGAGAAGGUCCUAAGGAGAAGGAGCAAGGGCCAAACGCCUUCCACCCCGAAGGCAAACACUUGGCUGAGACCCUCAAGCAGGAGCUGAACACUGCCAUGUCACAAGUUGUGGACACAGUGGUCAAAGUUUUCUCAUCCAAACCCUCCCGCCAGCUUCCUCAGGUCUUCCCUCCUCUCCAGAUCCCGCAGGCAAGGUUCGCCGUCAACGGGGAGAACCACAACUUUCACACAGCCAACCAGCGCCUGCAGUGCUUUGGGGACGUCAUCAUUCCCAACCCCCUUGACACCUUCGGCAGCGUCCCCAUGCCUGGUGCCACCGACCAAACCGAGGCGCUGCCCCUUGUCGUCCGCAAAAACUCCUCUGACCAAUCCGCCUCGGCCCCGCCGGCCGGUGGCCACCACACCUCCCUGCACCAGUCCCCGCUCUCGGCCACUGCCGGCUUCUCCACCUCCUCCUUCCGCCACCCAUUCCCGCUGCCCCUCAUGGCCUACCCCUUCCAGAGCCCCCUGGGUGCCCCAUCCGCCUCCUUCCCAGGGAAAGAGCGUGCCUCCCCCGAAUCCCUCGACCUGACGCGGGAGACCACCAGCCUGAGGACCAAGAUGUCAUCGCACCAUAUGAACCACCACCCCUGCUCACCGGCCCAUCCCCCCAGCGCUGCUGAGGGCCUCUCCUUGUCCCUCAUUAAGUCUGAGUGUGGCGACCUGCAAGACAUGUCUGAAAUCUCGCCCUACUCGGGAAGUGCAAUGCAGGAAGGCUUGUCACCGAAUCACUUGAAAAAGGCCAAGCUCAUGUUCUUUUACACCCGGUACCCAAGUUCCAAUAUGCUGAAAACCUACUUCUCAGAUGUAAAGUUCAACAGAUGCAUUACCUCUCAGCUCAUCAAGUGGUUUAGCAAUUUCCGUGAGUUUUACUACAUUCAGAUGGAGAAGUAUGCGCGGCAAGCCAUCAACGACGGGGUCACGAGCACUGAGGAGCUGUCUAUAACCAGAGACUGUGAGCUGUACAGGGCCCUGAACAUGCACUACAAUAAAGCAAAUGAUUUUGAGCAGGUUCCAGAGAGAUUCCUGGAAGUGGCUCAGAUCACGUUACGGGAGUUUUUCAAUGCCAUUAUCGCAGGCAAAGAUGUUGAUCCUUCCUGGAAGAAGGCCAUAUACAAGGUCAUCUGUAAGCUGGACAGUGAGGUCCCUGAGAUUUUCAAAUCCCCAAACUGCCUACAAGAGCUUCUUCAUGAGUAGAGAGUUCAGCAGCUAUUUAUGAAUGUAUGAAAGUAGCAGUCCCCUUCUGAUGCCCAAGUCAUGUGUGUCUCUAUUUUAAUUUCAUAUAUAUGUGUAUCGCAUACAUAUAUAUAUGUAUAUGGAAUUAGACUGAUCCCUUCUGGAUUUUUUUCGUUCAGUUCCAAGGGGAUGGUUAUUUUACUUCAGCCUUUGGUUUACUUUUGCCCGAGACCCUUAACAUUUGAAGAAUCAACUGGGUUAAUUUUCAGGGAGAAGAGUUUGGAAGCGUGUAAAAGCCUGUCUUAGCAAGUUAGGGCAUUAUGUUUAAAAAUGCUUUGUCAGAUUUAUUGCUUGCUGCAAAGUGGCAUUUUGUCUUAGUGAGACUAAUGUCAUGGCACAAUACUACAGACAAUGAAGUUUAUAUUAUGUUUAUACUGCUAAAGGUCUGAACUCUGUGGAGUCACUUCAUAAGCUUCGAGCUUUUUUAUUUGUAUUUAUAUACUUUUUAAUCAAUACCUAGAUUUUGUUUCAUACUUUAAAAAAAUACAACAUCUAUUUUAGGUACUCACUUCAAGAAGUGACACCCAAAAAAGCGAACCCUAUUCUUCAUGUUUUCCUUACAGAAACGACAGAUACCCUGCACCAGUAACCAACAUGCCAGGUUGUUGUUUGUCUAAAUUGCAGCAAGAGAUGUUUGCACAAAUCAAAUACUGUUCUUGCAGGGUUAGGCCAGUAAUUCAUGCACAGUAUUGUAUCAACCACACUAAUUUUGGAAUAUGGUCAGCUUACUAAAGCGGAAGCAUUUCACUCUCCAUAGAGUAAAAAUGAAACCUUCAGCGUCAUAUAUUGCCAUGUCUUGGUCUUACUUUAAGUGGCAUUAGUCCCUAAAUUUAUUCUUUUCUCAGUCCAUUCUACCCCCCAAGAUCCCCUUUCCAGCAUACAAAGUUUUCUGUCCAUAUUCAACAUCUGUCCUGAAAAGCACUUUUUGAAUGAUCUUAGGUAUAGUAGAAGAGUCUUUACCUCACAGUGCUGAGGCAAAGGAAAGGAAAAAAAAAAAAAAAGCUUGUUUGUAGCUGUAAAAUGUGAUUAGUCUUUUCCCAAUCAGAAGAAUAAAAAUUGCAUUUUCAUAAAAAUUUAAUCAAGCAUAAUACAAAAAUCACAGUGUCCUCCUGGCUAUGCAGGGUUCAGAUAGCCAAAUUGGAUUUUUAAAAUUACAGUAAGUGCAGCUUUAAAAAAAAAAAAAAUUUAAAAAAUCUGUUUGAGCAAUGUGGCUGCACUUGUCUUCUGAAGCUGGAGCUAGUGUUGACCAAAACCUGAGCUACAGUGUAAAGUCCCUGAUGGAUCUGGGUUUGCCUGAAUGCUACACCACGAUAUGACAGAGGGAAAGAAAGCUAGCUGCUAGUUCUUGUGCUUUCUUCAGUGGCUCUCCUUUUCUCAUGUUUUCAGAAAGAAAUUGUCUCCAGAAGUUUGGGGGAAGGUUGAAUAUGCUAUGGCACACUGUAUUUGUCAUUUUCUUUGUCGUCUUUUGUACGGAUGCAGUAAGAAUUUAUUGUUAUCAUCAAUAGUAUUUUCCCCUACAUAAUUCAAUCUAAAUCUAGAGGAAGUUCCUAAUUAGCCAUGAAUUAUAUUUAGACCAUUGAGGAUAUUGGUAUCUUCUUUAUUUUAAAAUUACAUUUUGACUUUGGAGAGUGAAAGUUUACCCAUGUGACUAAAGAGCUGACCUGAUCAUUGCAAUUUCACUUCAUUUACAAAUACUGCUGAUAGACAGAAAUGUAUGAAAGCAAUUAUUGUUAGCAGAAAGCCUUAAAAACCUGCUGACUUCAAAUUAAACAGCACAAUCCUCCGAUUCCCUGUCAUUCUUUUCAAGCACUGGCAGUAUCUGUGGAGUAUAGGCAAUGCAGACAAUAGCAUGGGAUGAAGUGCCAACAUUUUCACUAUGCAUUAAAAGCAAAACAAAUCUUGAUCUUAGACUCCCUGAGAGUACCUAAUACUGUACGUAUCCUUACAGUAGACAGGAUUUAUUUUUUUCUUUCUUUUGUUUUCUUACUUUUUUAUUUCAUUUUAUUUUGUUUUCGUUAUUUCAUUUUUCCUUCUUUUUUUUUUUUUCCUCUGUGUGUGCAUGAUUUGGUAAAUAUUAUACUUCAUAAAGAUGUAACUCCAAUGAAUUCUGAGUAAGAAAGGAUGAAAAUUGUGUUCAUGCACUUUUUUUGAUUUAUGGGAAGAAGUGGCAUAAAAUGCUCAAGUUUUGAUACAGUAAGUUCAUCAUUGGCAUACCAUCAGAUGCAAAAUAUAACUUUGCAUUGUCACCUUGGACAUAAGAAAGCAAAGCCAUACUUUAGUCAUACUAUGUGGACAUACUACUAGCUACCAUCUCAAUCUGUGAUUUUACCGUUGCUUUAUAUUACUAUUAUUAUUAUUCUAUUAUUAUUAUUAUAUUAUUAAUAUUAUUAUUAUUUGGCUGCAAUGGGAUUCACAUAAUCUAAAUAAGUGAAAUUGUGUACUCAACACUUGAUGUUGUUGCAUUUAUUUAUUUAUUUAUGGGUAGUAUAAUCUCAAUAGUAAAUGAGGCAUAGGAAUUAGGAAUAGAAAUUUCAUCUUAAAAGCAAAAUAAAAACCUCCUUGGUCUGGAAAAGGAAAUAAUGAUAAUUUGAUCAUUUCAGUUAUGUGAUUUUUCUGCAUUUUAUAGCCAUAUUGCCUUUGUGCCUCCCAAUUCACCUAAAAUUACAAAUACAUGGCAUAGCUUGUACUAAAUUCUAAGUAGAAUCCAAUCCAGUUUCUUUUAAAUUAUCUCAAUAUUAUUUCACUAAAAAUGGCUAAAAGGCAGGAGGCUACUUUUAUUGUAAUGAGAAGUUUACAUAGGAAAAGAAUUUCAAAAUCCAUGUAGAAACCCCAUCUUGCCAUUCAUUUACUGCUAAUUCAGAUUUAUUUCUGCAUAUAAACUUGAGGUUAUAGUCUGUGCCUAGACCUUAAAUGCACCAGCGGAAGGAUAAAAAAAAGUCCUUCAAAAUACCAGUUUUUCCCCCACAAGUACAAUUGUUCUUGUGCCUUCUGUGGCUUACAAUUUUCAUCUUUUAAACUUUAUUUUUCAAUUACUACAGCUGCAAUAAACACUGACUUUUUUUUUUUUUUUUGGCUGUUUGACAUAAUGUUGAUAGCUAUGCAUAUUUUGUGUCUUUUUAAAAAUUAAAAAAAUAAAAAAAACAAAGCAGGAGAAUACGUUUUUGAAGAAGAGAAUUUUUAGAACAGUUUGAUAACGCAAAUUAUUUUUUCUCAAUUGUUUGAGCAGCAUUCGAGUUUUGAAAAUUCUUGUAGAAGCCAAGUUUUUGUAACUGUGGUGCAAAUCUUGUGUUUUCUUAGCCUGAUGAAAAGUAGUAUAGAAGCAAUAUUUCAUACGUGGCAUAUGUGCAUAUACAGAUACGUAUGUGGUCACACACAGAGGACAACAUGUGUGGGCAUAUGUAUGUAUAUUUACACAAAAACACACACACACACAAAAGAUGCGUAUGAAGUGAAAAGCUUACCUUUUUCCUAUCUAGAUUAAGAACCUAUUUUAGACAUUUGUUAUGUUUUGUGAAAAGAAUGUUCUAUUUGAAACUACAAAACAUUUAAUUCUUACUGUAUCUCUGGUUGUUUAAUGGGAACGUUUCACAUUUAAUGGUAAACAUGUGGAAGAUGUUAGAAUGUAGUAAUUAUUUAAGGAAGUGUUCACCCAUGUAUUCCUGAGGUUUGCUUUGUGCCUCUGAGUAUUAUUUAAUUAAAGUGUUUUAAGUUUGCAGAAUCUUUGUUACUGUACCAGGUAUGUGGGUGAACAUUGAAAAUCGAGGGGAACUUUUAUAAAGCAAUGUAAAUAUUCAACCUUACUGCUGUUCUUGCAUAAAGACAUAAGAUUUUAAUAACUACAUUCUGAAAACAUCUGUUGAAUUUAUAAGAAACACUACAGUAACUGUGUAGAUAGUUGAAAGCAUUCUUGAAAAUCCAGCUCUCUACUUUUAAAAGUUAAGUCUCUUUCAUCAGAUGUCAAGGGAAUGGGUAAUACAGUUUCUGUAAAAUUGCAGAAUUUUUUUCUAUGUAUAUGAAGUCAGUUAAUAGAAAAAUGUUUUUUUUCCACAGGUUAAUAUUAAUUAAGAAAUAAAGGUGAAGAUUUUGUGGCUUUAAAGAUAGGAUUUUCACCAGCAGCAUUGAAAGAUUAUACAUAUAUAUAUAUACAGAAAGAUAUAUAUAUAUAUAUUAAAAAUGGAAAGUGGUUUACAAAACCCCCAAAAUGAGCACUGUACAUGAGAAGUGAAAGCAAAAACUAUAUUUACCAUGUGUAUUAUAUAGCAAUCAUUGGUGUUAAUAGUGCAAAUGUUUCCUUCUGGUACCAACUCUGUGUUUGAAAAUUCCAAUACGCAUUGUUUUCAAAAAGCUCCCCUUAAGGAAUGUAACUGGUUUAUAUGAGUAAGCAGUUACUGUAUUGCACUUAAAUGUUCUGUUGAAGGAAAUGCAAUUUUGUUUUCUGUAGAACUGUUGGUUGUAAACCAUCUAUAAACUGAAGCUAAAAAUGCUCAUAUUUAGAGCUGGGAUGAAAACUGGUAUUUAACCUUUGUAUCUUCUUAGGAAUAUCCUUUUUAGUGUAUGAAAGGUGGUGGCACUAUGACUUUAUUCAGUCUUUUCAUCUGAGCCACAGUCACCUCUCUCCCAAAGCAGCCACCUUCCAAAUGCACAAAUACUGGGAUAUGUAGAAACAAAUCUAGAAGAAACAGCGAGCUUACAUUUUUCUCUAAAAUCCAUACCUUCUGCAUUAAUUGUACCACUCGAGUGAGAUAGUAGACAAACACAAUACCCAUCUCAUUACCAUAUAACGUGUAAGAGUCAGAAACUAAAGAAAAAGGAAAGAAAAAGCCUCUUUAGGUUGGUAUUAAUGCUGCCCAGAAGAGUCAAAGGUUAAGGUUUAAACUGAUAUUGUCCCAGCCAUUACUCAUAUGUAUAUAGUUACAAAAGUGACAAAACACUGCCUUUAUAUUAUUUAGCAAUAUGUUGUAAAUAGCAUUAUUAAGCUCUUUUUUUUGUAAUAAAGACCCUUUAAUUUGAAGAUAGUACAAUAACUGAACUGAUAAAGUCAAUUUUUGAUUUUUUUUUAUUUUAUUUUUUAGCUAGAGGCAAUUUCAACUGUGGAUUUUUUUGUUGUUGUCUAUUGUUCUGAAGACUUUGCAUAAUUUAUUGGUUUAAUUUAUCCUAAUUUAUUUGAUGAAGGUGUACAAUUUUGUAUUACCAAGGAUGUACUGUAAUAUUAAUUGAUGACAAGAUAAAACAAUAAGACUCCCCUGUCCGUUUGGAAAAAAAAGGUGCAGUAGACAAUUGAUUGAAAAAAAGUUACAAUUCUAGCUUGGCAGCUACUAAAUUUAAGAUAAACACAGGAAAAAUGUUUGGGGGGGGUGGAUUUUAUUUUGUGUGUUUAAAGCUUUUGUAUACUCUCCAGACUUUUACCUUUUUGCUUUGUACCACUUAAAGGAUACAGUAGUUCAAUUGCCUUGUGUGCCUUCCAUCUUCUCUAAACUGAAUGUAUGUGCAGUAUAUAUGCAAGCUUGUGCAAAAUAAAAUAUAAAUUACAAGCUCA